AUGCCUAAUCAAUCUCCCAUUCUACUGCUUGCACCAACCGGAGUUGCAACAUUCAACAUAAGCGCAUCCACAAUUCAUUCGAAGUUGAAAAUUCCAAUAAAAGAUUUUAGUGAACUAGAAGGAACAAGAUUAACACAUUUUCAAGAAGAAAUGUCUCAUAUCAAAUACAUAUUGAUUGAUGAAAUGAGCUUCAUCGGAGAGAAAUUGUUGGAGAACAUAGAUUGUAGACUUCGUCAAGCAUUCCCAGAAAAUUGUAAUCUCAACUUUGGAGGUAUUUCUAUGAUUUUAGUUGGAGAUUUAAAUCAGUUGCCUCCGAUUAGAGACAAAGCAGCAUAUGAUAGCAACAGACAAGAAAAACUAUUUGUUGCAACAAAAUCUGGAAAUCUUAGUGCAAUGGAAGGAAGUUUGCAGGAUGAACUUGAUAUGGAAUUGUUGAUCUCGAAGAAUGCAAGAGUAAUGUUAACUACUAAUCUAUGGAUAGAAGCGGGUCUUGUAAAUGGAGCUUUAGGAUAUGUUGAAAACAUUGUAUACAAAACUGGAAGUAUGCCACCAGAACCACCAACGUAUGUAAUGGUUAAGUUUGAUACUUACUCUAGAAUAUCAUUCAAUGCUCAAAACCCAAAAAUAGUUCCUAUUAGUGCAACACAUAGAGGAUCUACGACCCAGAUACCAUUGAGAUUGGCUUGGGCAAUGACAAUACAUAAAUCACAAGGUCUAACACUUGAAAAGGCAACAAUUGAUAUAGGCCCAACUGAAAGAACAUGA